CGCUAGUAUCGAUUGCGCGAGGGGAUGCGCGAAAGCCACCACGCAAACAUGGACAACCGUAUUCUAGACAAAUUAAAGUGUAUCGUGUAUUUUUGACUAUAAUUGGUGUUAUUUUAAUUGCUUUUUGAUGUGCCAAGUGUCCGGAGUGCGGAUGUGAAGUGUCGGUGUUAUGAGAAAGUAUGGAAACGUUGGGCGAAAUGGCGGAGCCGCGAUUUUCGAGUGAAUCGGCGGUCGAAACGGUCGAUUCGCCUGCUGUAUCCACGCAUGCCGGGCUAAACAUGUCGCCUGUCGAGCUCAGCACUACUAUUUCGCGUUCGGUAGUACCCACUUGCGACGAGUCACUCGCCGAGUUAGCAUCUGACAGGAGUGACUGUGUGAAGGAAGAGCAAGGCCCGUCCAGCGGCGAAGAGUUGUCGGCCGAGGGCGCGUCUAGCCUGGCCGGCGACACCAUCAAGCAAGAGAGUCUCUCAGUCAUUGUUCACCCACACACUGAUUCCGAGCACGACUCAGAGUUACUCAGUCCCGGCAAAAUCUCACCUACAUCGGCAAUCUCAGUCAGCGUGGCCGGCAUGAUUGACGCCACUGACUUUCGCGCCCUCCAACCAGAGCCAACCUAUCAGACACUUACCUCAGUCAACGGCAGGAUGUCACCUCCAGGAUUCAGUCCUGGAUCGUCCUAUGCCACGCUCACUCCACUCCAACCUUUACCCCCAAUUUCUACCAUGUCAGACAAAUUCGCAUACGGCCAUACUGGCAACGUUUCAGGGUCGUUCACCGUCAUGCAAAAUAAUGGACUGAACAAUAUUGGCCUUGGUAUGGGAGUGAACUCGCCUUAUGGUUAUGACAAGCUGCCAUCGAUGGGUAUGUCACCACCGCAUCAUUACUCACCCAAUAACGGCCUCGGAGGAAUUGGUAUGCCACAACAACACUCUCCUCUUAGUCCUCAAAGUUCAUACAGUCAGAACGGACUCAAUUCUCCUCAGAAAAGUAUGUCACCCAACAGCUAUGAUUCACCCUACAAUCAACGUGAUUUGGUAGGCAGAGCGUCCACUCUGAGUCCUCCCUCAGCAUCAAUGCACUCACCACCUAACACGAUAGUGACAGGGUUUGGGGCGACCAGCACGUCUCUGGCAGCCAGUUUGCCAUCGAUAAACGGCUUGACGACAAUUACACCGCACACAGUGGUGGUAUCACCACAUCAUUCGCCACCAUCACUGGUGGCACCGCAGCUGAAGAGGGAGGCGGUUGUGGUGACUACACCGUCGCCGCCGAAACAAGUGCUGGGGCAGCAGACGACCACCGCCACACUAUCCAUCAAGACAGUGACGCCAGUCGGAGGCGGACCUACCAUGGUGGCACAGAAUGAUCUGGAGGAGAUCAACACCAAGGAGCUAGCACAGAGGAUAAGCGCCGAGCUGAAGCGCUACAGCAUUCCACAGGCGAUCUUCGCGCAACGAGUGCUGUGUCGGUCGCAGGGCACCCUGUCCGAUCUGCUCCGCAACCCGAAGCCCUGGUCCAAACUGAAGUCGGGCCGUGAGACGUUCCGUCGCAUGUGGAAGUGGCUGCAGGAGCCCGAGUUCCAGAGGAUGUCAGCUCUUCGUUUAGCAGCCUGUGUAGACGAACCCACCGAGCCUGCACAGAUUCCACAACGAGGCAAUUCGGAUUGCCAAGACUCGGAUCCUUUUCUAGCUUGCAAGAGGAAAGACGAGCCUCAGAUACACCCAGACCACACGCCCGCACCCAAGAAGCCGCGUUUGGUUUUCACAGACCUCCAGCGCCGUACUCUACAGGCUAUUUUUAAGGAAACGAAACGACCGUCGAAAGAAAUGCAGGUGACGAUCGCCAGACAACUGGGUCUGGAGCCAACAACCGUAGGAAACUUCUUUAUGAACGCAAGGAGGAGAUCGAUGGACAAAUGGAAAGAUGAAGAUCCGAAAGCAAUGCAAGGAUCGCCUCAGCACAAUCAGGCUGCCAGCAGUAACCAGCUGCAGACUGACGUGUUGUGACAUCAUGCCAGUUACCCCCUGCAGCACCUCGUCUUUUUGUGAAUGGGACAUCCAUUAAGUGUACAAUCUGCAUUCUAACCGAAUAAAAAACGUGUGCUGGUUGAUGCUAGAACUUCUAGUGCUCUCCGAGAUCAGAAAAUAUUACAUUUUCUGCACAUCAAACAAUGAGAUUUGUAAACUAUGCCACCGAUCUAGUGAAACGUUUGCUCUUGUUAAUAAAUUAACUAUAUGAACUCUGCAAGCGUUUACAGUGCAGACAAUUACAAUAUUCGGAACGAUUGUUGAGUACAGUUCUAUAAUAAGUAACGGUACUUUAGUUACAGUGUGAUACACAUUCUAGGUAAAAUCUAUGUCACAAGUGCCACCCAACCAGGUCACAGCUUAUUUAUCUGACUGUAGUUUUUCUGACUGUGUAAACUACACAGAUUUCGUUACAUAGAUUGUAAUCUUAAUUCAUCUUAUUUUUCUAAAAAUAAAAAAAAUCAGUCUCGGGCACAAAGUUGAUUGGAGCGAUAAUUAUUAUCUCGCGCAAUCACCAUGCUGUUUAUUCUGUAUGCAUGGUAUGGUGUGUCAAAGGAGAGAGCAAAUGCAAUGUGUCCAUUGCAUACGCUGUUUAAAAAAUAAUAAAUUUCAAUAAUACUACCAAAUUUUUGUAUGUAAAAUGAGGUCUAUUCAAAAAACACUAGUUGGGAUAAAAGAAAAACCUCUUUGGGUCAAUAAUUUUAAGUUUUAGUGACUAAGAAUCCUAACUUCCAGAAUUUUCCACGUGCAGUUUCUUUACAGAGUCAGCUUCCCACAUGUGUGGAACUGACUUAUAAAUUGUGAAAAAAUAGUGGACAGUAAGUCAAGACUCUGAGAUAAUAAAUAGUAUGGCAUGUAAGAUGUACCGUAACUGAUUUUACAAAUUUUGUCCAGGGAAGUAAUUCUUAAUUUUUUUUUAAGAAUAGUUAGGCCUUUUUAUUGAAGUGGGUUUGAUAAAUUGUGGUUCAAGUACCCAAUCAAUAUGUUUUAUGAUACAAAAAGUUUGUACAAAUUGUUAGAAAAAAAUUGUAAAACAAUCCAAUCCGCCAAUCUUACUUGCCAGUCAACACUACUUGCAUAUUACAAAAUUAAGCUCUCUUAAAUUCACAGCCAUAUUCAUGUUUACAGAAUAGGAGCGGAAUAUAAAUGUUGCUUAACACAUGUUAUGUUGAUAUUUGAAUGAAAUGCAUAAUAAAAGCUGUAAUAAUUGAAAUUGUAAAUAUUUUUUUUAUAUAUUAUGAAUAUAUCAUUCCAUUAGAGUAGAUGGAUAUCGUGGAAAUAUCAAUAUGUAAAUAAGAUAUAUCAUAGAGUAAGAUUACAAUCUAUGUAUCAUUAUAGUUAUGAAAUAUGAGUAAAAAAUAGUUAUAACUGUUUGAACAAAGAGUAGGAGUUAACCGAUGAUAUAGUAUUUGUAUUGAAAAGUUUCAGACCCACGAUAUUUUACAAUUAUUGUGCGGUUUGAUUUUUGUUGUGAUUAAUUUUCUUAGAUCAUUGAACUUGUAUUUUAAUAAGAGCACAUUUUGUAAUAGUUGAUCAAAUGUAUAAUUGGCAGCGAAUCCUUUAAUUUUUUAGCCUUAUAUUCCAUUUGAUUGUUUCAGCCAAUUAUUAUUGUUCAAUUUUUAAGGCUGUUAAGUUUAGAAGUCCUUUCAAUGUAAUGAAUUUUUCUCAUCAUGCAAGAGACUAGGUUGAUUUUUUCUUUGGUAAAAAAAAAUCUUUCAAAUUUUCCGUUAAUUUGGUAUCGUAUUUUGAAUUAUUUUUCAAGUAUUUUGAAAUAUUUGAAACGUUUCAAAUUGUUACUUUCAUACACUAACUGAAACAAUCAUCAAGCAUUCUGAUGCUUGACCAUCAUUCUGAUGGAACUUACUUCACCAUCAUUCAUAUGGCAUUUCAAGCAAACUGAACAGUUGUGUCCUCGGAAAAUCUUAAAUCGCAGACUUUUCAUUCUUAUUUAAGAAGAAAUUGAAAAUCAUAAUAAAAUGAUGAGUUAAUAUCAAAAUGUGCGUCAAAUGAAUUGACAGUUUGCAAUUGCUAAUUAUCAAGAUGUGAGGAUUCCAAGAUACGGUAUACUACUCAGUUAUUAGCGUAUUGCCAGUGAGACAACACCAUAGUAAUAGCUUAUAUUUUUCAAAUCGACCAAUCAGAACAACAUUUCUCCACUUGGAUUAUCCUCGUUCAUAUAAUCAAGUUUAAUUCAAUUAUAUGAUUAUCAUUAUAUGUUAUCACAACAUUUCCAAAUCCAAGUCUGUAGAAACAAUUACUGAGCUAUUGAUUAAUGCUUAUUGCGAUUUCUCCUACAGCAACAUUAAUCAGGAUAGCCUAGUCUUCUCUCUUGCAUGAUGACAGUAUUACAAACAUUAUUAUUUCCUAUGAAAAGUAGAACAUUCCAAUUAACCAAUUAUCUUCUAGUCCCAACUAUUUUGUUACUUACUUAAGAGUAUUUUAAUUUGAAAUUAACCUUUAAUUUAGAAAUAUAUUCCACAGAUCUAGUCAUUUUGUUAUAGUGUUGGUAAUAUGGAUCAGGUAUAAGUUUCUGUUGCAUUACCAAACUAUUAUCCAUAAGACGGUGGAAUGUGUUGCUCCAUCUGGAAAGUUCCAGUAUUGAUCAUGGCUAGUCAAUUCUCUUAUUUAUGGCUAUGUUAAAAAAUUAUACUGCUAUUAUUUUGUGACAGCAAUCGCAAAUGAAUUACUUGUAACUAGUCAAUAAGAUUGUAAAGUUGAUCUCUUGUUAAGAUUAUUUGUAAUGAGAGCUCUGAUAAAAAACCUCAUCUCAUGUGGUGUUAAAAGAAAAAAUCCUUUCAAAGUUACCAAGAAUUUAUAAAGUUAAUUGAUUCUUGCACAUGUUUAAAAUAAUUGCUAGUGUUUGCUCUUCUAGUCUAUAUAUUUCCAUUCCAACUCUGUGUAUUCGAGUACAAUUUUAAAUCGUGAUUACCGGGUUGUUAUUUCAGCUCUGAUUAUUCCUCAAUUUCUGUUUAUAUUGAUCUCAAAUGAAUUUAAGACUGUUUUUAGUGGGUAAACGUGUAAACAAUACCUUUCUUUGCCAUAAAAGUAGAAAUCAAUAAUUUUCAGGUGAAAAUUCUCUCAAUUCGUCAUGGUGUGAUAUGAUUACAGAACAAUCUUUGUUUAAAGUAAUUUAUUCGUGUUAAUAAUAAUGCAACUAUUUUAUUCCAUAUGACUAAUUACAUGAGUAAGAAAGCAUUUAUUACAGAAAAGUGAGUAGCUUUCUCUACUAAAAUAUUCAUUGAAUAAUUUCAUGGGAUUAGUGCCUGGACACUCUUUCGAUUUCAUAGCUUACGGUAAUAUUGUAAGAACAGCAAAGUUCUUAGCAUGAUCAAAUGUUAAUAUUAUAAUCAAUCAGUAUUCAUAGCAUUGUAGAUCCAAUUGAGACUGAUUGCUGUAUAGUUGUUAGAGAUUGAUCAGAGGAUAGUACUAAAUGACUAAUGUUAAAAUAAAAUUGCAAUCCAUUAUGUUGUUCUGUCAUCUCUUAUCUUUUUUACAGUAUUUUAUCAAUUUGUUAAUAAUUUAUACCAAAGUUGAAAUGAUUUUUUUCUGAAAUCACACUAUUCGGAAAUGAUGUUGAAGUUAUUUAGUUUUGGCGAGAAAAAAAUGCACUGAUAGCACAUGUUUUAACCUUUACUAAAAAUAUACAGCAAAUAAUUGUCUUUAAAUUUUUUCGCAAAUUUUGUGAAUAUGAAUUUGAAGGUUGUUAAUACGAUAAUUAAUAUGGAAAUCCCUACUCAUGAAUAGGCUGACCAACUCUUUUAAUAUUGUUCAAAUCUUAUAACAAUUUUCCAAUGGAAUUGAACUCUUUCAAUAUCUUAGUAAUCGAUUAUUGGUUUAUUUGAUUUGGGGUGAUUUUGUAAGAGCUAUUUGUGCAAUGGAAUAGUAUAUUCUCUAAAUUGAUUCAGUGGACAUCUGUGAAAUUUAGUAGGAUACUGUUAUUGGCAGAAAAAAUAUUGUUUCCCCUCUAAGACAUAAGCAUCCUUUGACGCUUUAGAGAACUUGAAGAACUUGAAGUAUUCCAUAGAAAGAGUUGUCAUUGGAAGCUUUAAUUCAAAGUCCAAAAUAGAACUUCCUUUUCAUCUCAUGAUCCCACUUCUCUUUUAGUUUGUGAUUGUGAAUGACGUAAUUUCUUAUAAUCUUUUCUUAAAAUGAAUUAAUUUAAUAGUUAAAUUUUUCUCAAAUCUGUCAGACAAAAGAAAUUCAUUGUUUCUCAAGUAUAUGAGUAUUCAGUUGAAGCUUUAUAAAAUUUCAUUGAAUUACUAUGUAUAUUGAUUUAUAUGUUUAACAUUUGAUACUAUGUGUUACUAUAAAAUAAAUCAAUUUACUUCAGUCGCUUUGUAUGUGUGAUUGAAUUUGUGGCGAUGGCUAUACUUUUACGAGCCAUUCCACUGAAAUUGAUUUAUAUAAUGUGUUAAUUCCCUUGUGUGAUCAUUUAAUUGAUACUGCAUUAGAUUUUCAUAAAUGAUAAAUUGUGUAUAGAAUUCAUGGUUAUGUACAGGGAACAAGGGAACAAUCAUGUUCUGCAAUAUAAAGAUGUAGAUAAUUUGUAUGUUUCAAGUAGAAAGCUUUGUGUUGUUCAUAGUUCAUGAAGAUUGAAUUUGAAGAUAAUGGCAGCAAAACAAAGCAUAAGAUUAUUUUAAAGACUUAAUAUGUGGAUGCGAGUACAAUAUUGUGAACGGGAGCUUUUAUAAUUCAAUAUAAUAUUUUAUUGUUUUGAAAUUCUCUACAAUAUUCAAUGAUUUUAUAUUAAUUUGUGAAUUCACGAAUAUUUUAUUUCCAAUUCAUAUAACCUGGUAGUUUCGUGUAAGAGUUUGAUUUUGUUUCUUCCUAACCUAAUGUACAUAGUUUUAUUUGUGUUGGUAAAUAUUAAGCAAAAAUGCAGAAUAAGCAUUCCAUUUGUAUCUCAUGAUUUCCAUAUUUACAGUUUUCAUGUAGAGUAAUAUUCUCAUUCAUUGUAUUCAGAGAAGAUUUUUGUUCAAUUAUAGAGCUUGUUAUUCCUUUUAUAUCUUUAUGUGUUCAUUUUUUGAUACCUUUUUGAAUAAUCCUAGUCAUUCAGUGAAUUUGAAGGUGAGGUUUCAAAUAAAAUAAGGUGAUUUGUCUGCCAUUUUAAAUAUUAUUCUAAAUAACAUGAAGAAUAUUCUAUCAAUGAGUAUUGAUAUUAACUAGCUACCUCUUAUUAUAUUGACAGUUCAUCUACACCUGUAAUCAUUGUAACUUAAUUUUUUUCUCUUUUGAUAAAAUCACAUGGUUCAAAAUCUGGGUUGAUAGUUUUCAUUUCACAGCUAACUCAAUAACUGCAGUCACUUCAUUAAAACAAAAAUCCUGAAAUAUCUGUAGAUUUCUGUAUUCCAUAACUAAUUAUUAUUGUCUAAUACACUUAGCUCUUUAUUUGAAAAUUAAACAUGUGCUCAAAAAAUCCUACAGAACCUUUUCAAGUACCCGAUCAUUCAUAUAACACAGAGGAUGAGAUUAAUUUUGUAAUUUCAAUCGGUCAGAUAUUGAUUUCUGAUAUUGAUCACUGAUUCACUGCAGAUCAUCAGUUAUUAGUUGAUCAGGAGAGAUCAAACAUAAAUACAAUCUCAUUAUAUUGUAUAAUGUAUGCAGUUAAUAGUGAUAAUAAAUGUACACUGAGAAAUAUGCGUGCCUUUUUGUUCCAAUAGGUAGCAUAUAAUAUUAGAUAAGUAGCUUGUUUUAUUGCAUUGUAAAUCGAUUAAGAUACAACAAUCAUACCGUAUUUAUAAACGAUCAUGGCUAAAGUUGACCAUGAUAGCUGCAGGUAGUGGAUCACGGUAGAUCCAGAAUCUAUCAAUAACUAAUUGUAACUUUUUUACAAAUUUAUCCGUUCUGCAGUAUUCUCUGAAUGAUUUUUAUAAUGUAUCAUUUUUUAACAUCAUUCCAAAUAAAAUAUUUUAAAUUCAUUAAUAAAAUAUUGGGUAUUUUUGGUUUCGUGGUCGUGCUGACAAGCUAUCUAUAAGAUAAGUUAAACUCAAUGCGUCUGCUACUCCCGUUGUAAGGGUGACCAUUUUAAGAGCCGAAUUCCUGUAAAUACAAUUUAUGAGUUUGCAAUUAGCUUGCUGGUGGUUAGGAACCCACCUAUAGCUGUAGAUCCAUUCAUCUCUCACUAUCAUCCAUCUCAUUACCCAGGCACAAGCGAAGAGCUCAUGUGGGCAUCAUCCUCAGCAAAACAAAAACUUCACUACCAUAUUGCGAAUUUUUAUAAUUGAUUUUUUUCAAUAAGCAAGGAUGAUAAUUUUUUCAAACAGAUAUCUUUGAGUGUUGCACUGCAUUGGUGAAUACUAAAAGAAAUUGUUGUUUUUCUUACUUCCAUUCCUUUACCAAAAUAGAGUAGGAAUUUAUUUUUAUUUUUUUCUUCAAAACCCUUUACAUUAUUUGGCCAUGUUUGAAUAACACCAAUAAUUCAUAAUUCCGUUCAUACUCUCUCGUAAGAGUCAAUGACAAAUUACUGUAGAAUCAUUAAUUUAUGGUUCACAGAAAAUUAUCAGCCCAUGUUGAACAUAAAGCCAGAUGAUACUUCACAUUAAAUAAUAAAAACUUUUCAAUACGUGAAUUACGACAUAGCAAUAUGAUUUUUAUUAUUAAAACGUAUUAGCUUCUCCUUUAGGACGCCAUAUCCAUGUCCAACAUCCAACACUGGUGGACGCUUCUGUUGUGGUAUUUAUACAGUUAGUUAGCAUCGUGGGUAGUAGGAGUGGCACGAUUAUUUGAAUGGUUGUUGGCGGCGGGGUGACGGCAAUUAAAUAAAAUUAAUAAUCAACACGGCUUCAAUAUAAAUACAGAAAACCAACCACAUCAGACGUCCUAAUCCACCAAACCUCCUUACCCCACCCAUCACAGACAUGCUGCCUUCAAAACAAUGACCUAUACACUGAACACACCAUACUCCCAUCAGCAACAGACCCACACACCCACACUACUCAAUACAAUAACAUUCUUGACCCAAACUAAUGCUUAUCACCCACAACUCAUACACAAAAUCCAACAGAAAAUUAAAAAAAAACUCAAAAGCCCAGCACUGAACAUAACAAAUUCUUAACACUCAUGUACAUCAACUCAAAGUCCAACAAAAUAGUAAUAAAUUUCAAGAAAGCAGGAUACAAUAUAGCAUUCCAAACCAUAAAAUAAAAGCCGAAAUGUGAGUAGAAGCUUCCAAUCAUAAAAAUCAGACUGUUAUGUCGUAAGCAUUGGAAAGUGAUGAUUAUGAAGCAGUUCGUAAUGUAAAGUGAAACUUACGAGUAAAAAUAAUGUGGAUAUUCAAUUUAUUGAAAAUCAACGUGAAAUUUUUUUGGAACAUUCUAUGUUGCUGGAGGAAUAAAAUAUCACGGUCAUGGAAAGGAGAAAAUCAUUUUUUUUCUUCUAAUUGUAUCGUGAGAAAUUUGUCAGUUGAAAUUCAUUCUAAAGGAGACAAGUUUUUCAUUCAGAAUUCUUGAAUGCUCCAGCCAUGUCCUUGAAAUUUCAUUUAAACCCACCAUUUAUAGAAUAAAAAGGGAGAAUAGAGGCCUCUUGAACACAGGGACGAAAGGCAUUCUUCAAAAAUACUAUAUUUCUAUGAAGAAAUGUCACUUUUAUUUGAAUGAUUUUAUUUCCUCAAUAUUUAUUCAGACAAAUGAUUUAUUUACUUUUGUUUUGUUUAAUUACUUACUAUUGAAGUGUUCAGCAACAGCAAAUUCAGUUAAUUAUUUUGGAAUAACAACAAAAACAAAAUUAUUGAGAAUCAUAAUCCAAAGAGCUGUGAUUGACCCUUUUCAACUCUUAGGUUCAAUAAUUUGUACAGAGCUAUGGUAAAUAACAAAACCCACAAGAGAAUAAAUAAAAAUCAGAGGCUAGCGCCAUGUUUAAAUAAUCUUGGAAUUAUUGUGCCUAUCAAAACUGCAUAUUGUCAGGUUAACCAUGUUAUACAUAAUAACAUAAUUGUAAAAGUUUAUAUUUAAUAGAUGUCCAGAUAAAAUUGAGAGGACAAGAGUCUAAACUGUAAAGAUUCCAUUAUUUCUUUUGUAAGGGAAAAUGUGAAAGUUGAGUACAUUGAAUGUGCUGAUAAUAAUAAUUCUAGGUAUGUAUUCUGGUAUAUAAAUAUAUAUUAUAUAGUGUAUUUUAUAAUGUGUUAGGUGUACAGAUCAAUCUAGAAAAAGCGGUCUCAGAAAUUAAUAUUUUUAUUGUUGUGAAUUUUAUGUGUUCAGUUCAAUAUUGUUUAUGUUUGCAGCUUCUGAUGCAGAAAUUUUGAUGUUCAGAAUGUAAUUCAGCUUUUUAAAUAAGUAAAUAUGUAGUUGAAAUUAUUGUGUAAUGUUUCCUUCGUUGGUUUCAGAAUGUGAAAAUGGCUAUAGAACCAAUAAAAGCAAUAAGAUAGAUGCCUCAAACUUUACCUGAUAAUUUGGAUUUGGUGGUUCAUAUGUAUGCCAGAAUACUGUAGCGUAGAAACCUUGAUUAGCAUAGCUUUUUUGUCGAAAAAUGAAUUUAUGGAGAGACCCACUGUCAUUCUAGUCAAACAAAACAGUUGUUGUAUUCAGUACAAUAUACUGUUAUCACUCUUUACUUUACUAUUGUUUGUUUGUCAACAGAGUCAUAUUCAUAUUAUUGAAUAUCGUUCUUUGUUCCAAAUUGCAUUAUUUGUACAAUUAUUUUGUAAAUAAAGGAACUUGUCAAAGCCUUA